AUGGGCAAUGCGGGGCCGGGGCUCAUCCUCUCCCCUGUGCUGCAGGAGUUCAGCCCUUCUCCCUCGGAGAGCUCUGACGAGGAGGAUGAGGAGUACCGCAUGCUUGAAUGGGCUCUCACCCUGAUGGAGACGGACUUUCGCUUCGGCAAGCGGCCUGGUGCCGCCGGGGACGCGGCUGAUGCCACGCUGCAAGGUGGGAAGCGCAAGAAGGAGUCGGAGGAGAGCGUGGAGUUGGACGAGGAGCGAGAGGGGAAGAGGUUGCUGCUGGAGGAGGCGGCGUUUGCCCCUGCGGGAACCCAGGAGGGGGGGAAUGCGGCGCCUUCGGGGGACAAAUCUGUGCAGAGUCCGGAUGGGGCAGCUCUGGAAAUCUCCCAGCAGGACGUGCCUGGGGACCCAAGGAAGAUUUCCCAGGCGGAGCUGCCGGCGGAGGUCCAGUCCUUUCUCCAGCUCGGGGGGCUGUGCUCCUUCCUCCAGCUCUCCACAUGCCCGGAGCAGCUCCUGGUGCGUUUCUGCUGCUGGCUGCUGGCGCUCAGCCCCGACCUCAGCUACACCGGCGCGGCCGUCCUGGCAGAGCAGCUCUUCCUCGGGCGAGUCCUGUCCCUCACCCAGCCACCCUCCCGCCAUCUCAUGGCUGCCCUCGCUUCGUUUUGCUCCAAGUAUUCCCAGCCCUUCUGUCGAGUCCUGGGGGCUGCGGUCCUGCGGGAGCCGGGCGAAGGUGCUGAGCAGACCAAGCUGGUGUGCGAGCUCGUGGAGGAGUGCCUGGAGCCAGACUGCAUGCAGCUGGUGCUGAGCCAAGUCCUGGAGGUGCCUCUGUCGGAGAAGCUCCUGCCGGUGGUGCAGGCUGUGCUGGGGGGUGCUCUGGUUUUUGGUCACAUGAAGAUGACCGGGGACAAACUCCUCUCCAAAAUUCACCUCAUUGUCAGCUUGCUGGUGUCCUUGCUGAAGAAGAACUGGGAGAACGCGUGUGCUGUGGAUAUCUAG